AUGCCCAAGGGUCAUCUAGAUUUAAGUGAUUUUGUGAGCCUAGAAAGAUUGGAUUGUUCUCACAAUAGGCUAACUAGUUUGUGCUUAACGAAUUUGGAAAAGUUAGCAGAAAUUGAAUGUAGCGAUAACUACUUGGAUCAAUUUGAUUAUUCUUCUUUAAAUACUGAUAAAUUAGUUGUUUUGCAUUUAAGUGAUAACAACUUUGUUGAGGGUGAUUUAUCCAUUUUUAGUAAGUUCGCUAAUUUACAAAGUUUGCGGGUUGGCAAUAAUGAAAAGGGAAAAAUUCAGCAGGGUAUUUAUAAUCGUUUUGUUGGUUCUUUAGAAUAUCUAAGGAAUUUGACUAAAUUAAAGUAUCUUCAUAUUAGCAAUACUGAUAUAAAUGAGGGGAUUAAAUAUCUUUCCGAUGGUAUAAGAGAAAUUUAUUACUCUGCUAAGGAAAGACCGGAAAGCCAACAAACUGAAGAAUGGCUAGAAGCAGGUUUAGGAGCCGAAGAUUAUCAUUUCGCAGCUUAUUUAAGAGGAAAGGGCUAUAAUCCCCAUAUUAGUAGAAGAGGUUUAGAAGGAGACCUAGUUAUCGAAGAUUUUCCCAAUUUAGAAAAAUUGAAUUGUUCAAGAAAUCAACUCACCAGUUUAACCCUUAAUAACUUGCCUAAGCUUGCUUGUCUUUACGCUUCAAGAAACAAAUUUACUGAUUUAACUAUCAAAAAUUGCCCAAUGAUUAGAGAAUUAUAUGUUGCAAAUAACCAACUUGAAAGUCUGGAUUUUCUUAAUUCAUUAAUUCCUAGUAAAUUGACUAAACUGCAUAUUAGUAAUAACAAUUUCCCUCCAGAAGAUAUAGCUAUUUUCUACAAUUUUGUGAACUUAACAAGUUUUCAUAUAACAAACAAUCGCUUUUACGGAAGUUUACAAUCGUUAAGGAAAUUGAACCAAUUAGAGAAUUUGACUGUAGCUGAUAAUGAAUUAACCAGCGACUUAGAAUUUUUGCCAAAUAGUCUAAAUGAAGUUGCUCUGGAUAUUCCCGAAAUUUCAAGAAAAGAUACCAGUAAUUUUAAAUUACUAAGUUGGACGGACCUGAUAAAAACAAAUAAAAAUUCUUCUGGCUCUGGUAAAUCGCUUCUAGAAGAAAAGAAUAGAGAAGUUGAUCUGCUUGCUCUCAGAAUUCAAGAGUUAGAAUGUCUAAUUAGGAAGCAAAAAGAAAAAAUAGUAGAUGCUUAUUCACUGUUUGCCCCAGAAAAAAAUUUACUUCAAAAAUUAAUCAUGGCUCAGUUAGAAUUUACCAAAGUUAGCAGACAAGAAGUGGAUGGUGUCAUUCAAUACCGCAGGCAACGCGAUACCUAUUAUUAUGAAUUAGUUGAUAAGUUAAAUAAAAAACAAAUACAAGAGUUGGAAAUUAUUUUAAAGAACUGCGAAGAAAUGAUAAGUUUGGAAGUGGAAUUAGAAAAAAAGUUUAAUGAGAAAUUAUUAUUACUAGAAGAGCAAAAACAAAUGACCAAAUUAGAUAUUACUAAUAAUUUGGAUACCCAAAAAAUAAAGGGGAUAGAAAAGUUAGAAGUCUUUCCUACAUGGUUUAAUGAUAUAUUUACUUAUGAACCAGCGUUUGGAAAAACAGAAGAAAAAAUUAAUUAUUUAAAAGUUACGAAAUUGCCACUCAUUAAAGAAAAGUGGGAGGAAAUAGUCGAACAUUUUAAAGCGGCAUUGAACAGCAAUUACCCAGCGGCGGAAGUUUAUAAUAACAUUUACACGUUUAAGUUGCCUUUUCUAGUCCAAAGUUAUGGAAAUAUAGAGAAAAGAAAAAUAAAAUUAUUUCCUCGAAUUAGCCUCGAUGACCAUAUUAAACCUUAUGACAUUAUCAAGGUAGGCAGGAGAGGAGGAAUUUAUCGGCAUGUUGCCGUUUAUUUAGGAAAUGGGGAGGUGGCUCAUGUCAAUAAUCCUGAAGGCAAAGCCACUUCUCAAGCGAGAAUUAAUAAAUUAGAUAUAUUUUUAAAAGGUGAAACAGAAAUAGAAGUCAAUCAUCCGUUUAUUCCCUUUAAAAGGCAAACGCUGAUAAAAAGGCAUAUCGAUAUAGCUGUCAAUGCUAAAUAUGGAAAAGGCAAAUAUAGUUUAAUAAGUAGUAAUUGUGAGCACUUUGCUACUAUGUGUGUUUAUGGCUUGGGUAUUUGUCGACAAAGAAAAAUUAAUACCAUUAAUGCGGUGACAAAAAAGGCUGAUUAUUUACUGCAAGCUAUUGAAGAAAGUAAUAAAUUUUUUGAAAAUUUAGAAAAUGAAAAUACUAAAAAAGUAAUUGAGUUGGUAGAUUUGUCAGUUAUCGAAAACUUUUACACUAUUUUACAAUACUUGAAUCGAGCUAUCUCUGUAGUUGGUGCUAGCAUUUACUUAGUUGGCGAAGCUACUGAAGAUAAUUAUUAUAAAAAAGUUGGAGGGACCAUUGCGGAAUUAGUAGGAGUUAUGGAACCUAUUUCCUCAGUUGAUUCUCUAGGCAAACUAGGUGAAUUAAUUAGUGCUUUAAAGGAAAGAGGAAAUGAGUUAAUAAAAAAAGAUAAUAAUGGCAACUUAAAGGAAUUUUCUUUGUUGAAUGACGGUCCUGGUGAGUCAUCCGGAAUUAAGCAACGGAGAGUAAUAAGUAAAUAUCGCCAAGGAAUUCCUGAAUCAGAGAUUGAGAAUGAAAUAACCAAACGUAUGGAGGAAUUAAAACUAAAUGAGAAAGAAGAUAAUUUCCAAGGUAGUUCCUUAUUAAUAAUCGAGGAAGUAAAAGAAAAUUCUGCUUCUUUAGCCCAAAAAGGGCAUUUGCGGCAUAGAAGUAUAGGUGCUGGUAAUGUUGGGAGUCUCACUAAAAUUAUAACGGAGAGUGAAGCAGGGGAGCUCGAAUCAAUUGUGGAAAUUCCUUCUAAAACCGGGCAAACUUCUAAG